CACAUUUCAGGACGUGUUUCGUAAAAGCGCUGUAGUGACGUUGUGGACGCAAGAGAAAGGCCUUUCCAGUAAAAAGAAACCGAUAUAAUCUAAUACGUAGGGAACUGGUUACGUUUAUAACUCCAGGAUAUCUCUUUCUACUUCACGGCUUUCAUUUACCCAUACCUAGCUGAGUGUAUUUUAUUCGGCGUCAGUCGUUUUCAUCCUGUUUAGCUGCUAGCUAUCUUCAAAAUGCCGAGAGGCGGAAAGAAAGGACACAAGGGCCGAGGAAAGCAGUUCAGCAACCCGGAGGAAAUUGAUCGGCAGAUGCGGGCCCAAAGGGAAAAGGAGGCCAAUGGUGGAGUAGAACCAGAGAGCUCUGCAGAUUCUGAUGAAGAGAGCAGUGAUGAUGACUAUGAUCAGCCAAAGAAGAAGGGAGUGGAGGGUUUGAUAGAGAUUGAGAAUCCCAAUCGCGUUUCCCAUAAAAGCAAGAAGGUGGCUGAGCUGGACACAAGUGCCCCGAAGGAGCUGUCCCGGCGGGAGAGGGAGGAGAUUGAAAAGCAGAGGGCGAAAGAGCGCUAUAUGAAGCUGCACCUGGAGGGGAAGACUGAGCAGGCGAGGGCUGACCUCGCCCGGCUGGCCAUCAUCAAGAAGCAGAGGGAGGAUGCGGCCAAGAAGAGGGACGAGCUCAGGAAAGAGAAAGAAGUCGAAGAAUCCAAGUCAAAGCGUUAACCCCGCCUCCCCCAGUGACGUGGGGGGGUGUGAGUUAUGGGGAGGGGGUGGGGAGGGUGACAUGGGG